CAAAUACAACGUUAAAAUAUUUUAGACUCCUAUGAAAGCACAUGAAGAGAUUAAUAACUAGCAUGAGUAAAAAUUCAUAAUUAGCAUAAAAACUUGGGAGAUUAUAGUUUAUGCUGAAGGCAGAUCAUGAAUUCCACAUCAUAGGGGAACUCUGCCUCCUCCAAUCAAAACACAUUAUUCCCGCUCGGUGGUUUUUCAUCUCGGCGGCAAUGAGGCCGUUUCUUUUCGACGGCCGGAGGUUUACGCUAGGGUUUGGGAGUGACAGAAGAUGACGGAUUCUGGGUAAAUUUUACAAAUUAUAUUUGAGAAUUUGUUGAUUUUAUUCACCACCACAUGCAUGUUUCAUCUUGUUGUUAUUAUAGUUUGAGGAAAGAAUUGUAAUUCUACCAUAUACCAACAAGAAUAGUGGGGCUGAGCAGAAUAACACAAAGAUGAAAAUGAAUGAUUUAACAUACACUAGUAACUUGUUGAUUACGUUUGGAAUUUGCAUUAAUUAACACCCUCACAAGAAAACUUGGACGACUAAGCCGUGUCAAUUGGAUUUGGUUUGGUAAAAUGGAAAUGAUUAGGACAAACCCUUAGUAGUGGAAUUUGCAUCAGUUGGAAAGCACAUUGGAAGACUUGGACGAAAGUCGAAAUGGUAGUCAACUAUGUGGUACCGACACCUCUGAAAACAGGUGUGUCCGUCUUAGAAUCGUCUCCAAAAUCAGCACCAACACUUAUGAUUUUGUUUAAUUUAUUCAUUUUUUUUCAAAUUAUCAACUGUGUCGACAUGUCGACGUUGUGUUUAUGAUGUCCGUACUUCAUAGGUAGUCAACAUAGCAAGCUUUAAGCUGUGUAGACUAGAUUAUACACCACUAACUUGUUGGUUUUGAAUUUGCAUCAAUUUCUACGCACAAAGGGAAGACUUGGACAACUAUGCUGUGUCAAUUGAAUUUGGUAUGUGAUAAAAUGAAAAUGAUCAGGACAAACCCACACAAACACAAUGGAGAACAGCCUUAAGGUGGAACCUUUGAAGCAGGAUUUUUCAAUUUUGGAGAUCCGCAGCGCCAAUACUUUGGUAUAUGGUACAAGAGCAUAUCACCUAGGACUAUUGUGUGGGUUGCCAAUAGAAAUACUCCUGUACAAAACUCAACAGGAUUGCUGAAACUCAAUGAUCAGGGAACUCUUGUUAUUCUUGAUGGCUCCAAACGCAUCAUCUGGUUCUCCAAUUCGUCAAGAAAAAUGGUGAAACCAGUUGUUGUAUUGUUGUUGGAUUCUGGAAACCUUGUUGUGAAAGAUGCAAACAGCAACAAUGAGAAUGAGGAUUUGUUGUGGGAAAGUUUUGAUUAUCCCGGUAACACUUUCCUUGCUGGAAUGAAGCUGAAAAGUAAUUUAGUUACUGGUCCAUAUAAAUAUCUCACAUCUUGGAGAAGCCCCGAAGAUCCUGCUGAAGGCGAGUAUUCAUAUAGGAUAGAUACACAUGGUUUUCCUCAGCUGGUUACUGCAAAAGGAGCAACGUUUCUGUCUAGAGCAGGUUCAUGGAAUGGAUUUCUUUUCACUGGUGUUUCUUGGCAAAGAAUGCAUAAAUUCUUGAAUUUCUCAGUGGUGUUCACUGACAAAGAAAUCGCUUAUCAAUAUGAAACUAUGAACAGUUCAAUUAUUACUAAAAUGGUGCUCGAUCCAGAUGGAAAGUCACAACGUACACUAUGGUUAGAUAGUGAACAUAUUUGGGAGAUUAUAAUUGCUCGUCCUGCAGACCAGUGUGAUUAUUAUUCGUUGUGUGGUAUCAACUCUAACUGCAAUGUUGAUAACUUUCCAAUAUGUGAAUGCUUGGAAGGUUUCAUGCCAAAAUUUCAAACGAAGUGGGACUCAUCAGUUUGGUCUGAUGGGUGUGUGAGGAAAACACAUUUAAAUUGUCUCCAUGGUGAUGGAUUUUUGAAGUACAUAAACAUGAAGUUGCCAGAUACAUCAUCAUCGUGGUUUGACAAGAGCAUGAGCCUUGAGGAAUGCAAAACUGUGUGUUUGAAAAACUGUUCUUGUACUGCAUAUGCAAAUUUGGAUAUCAGAUAUGGUGGUAGUGGCUGCUUACUUUGGUUUGACAACAUUGUGGACAUGAGAAUACAUCCAGACCAAGGACAAGACAUUUACAUACGACUCUGAUAACAUUGUGGUAUAUGCAUAUGUAUAUUACUUAUAUCUAUGAAUACUAUUAUCUAUUUAUGGCGAAAAGUUAUUAUUUUCGAUUCUGAUGAGUACUUCUUAUGAUGAAGUUACUAUAUAUACUUAUAUCUAUAGCUAUGGUGAAGCUUAUGCCACUGCCAAUUCUAUCAGUUGACCGACAUUAACAAAUGAUCAUCUUCUGCGAUACAGGAGGACUGGGAUAAAACAAAACUUCCUAAUCCUUAUAAACUUUAAAAUCAGGUUAUUACUAUUUAUCCGAUUUUAUAAAACAUUUUGCUGUCCAAAACUACACUUCUGACUGUUCUAUAUUUCUCAGUAAAUAUGAUUUCGUAGUUUUGUUUCCGUUUCCCUAUAUGAUUAUGGUUCCUGUUUAUAUGGUUUUGUUUCUGUCUCCUUAUGCUUUCAUGGAUGAUUUCGUGGAUGAUUCUCGUGGGGGCCUGAACUGAACUGAUCUCUGGCUUAAGGAAAUGUGAAAAACAUGAUUUGUUGUCUUUUGAGGUUUUAAAGUCAAGUGUUGCCACUCAUAGCUUUUGAUUUUUUGCAUAUUUGUUUAUAUUUUUUUUAUUGUUACAGGGAAAUAGAGACUACUGUUGCCUGUUACUUAAAUUCAUUUUAUUCCUAAUAUUACUUAUGUCAUAAUAUUUACUAUUGAAGUUUAUUUUUUGAAGACUGAUGCAGAUAAAUUAUACAGAAAGCUUACUAAUCUUAAACAAAAACAAAAAAUUGAUGCUCCUAAAAGGUAGACGCGUGAAGGGUGUUUGGGACUUUUUGGACGUAAAGUUGAUAUUUUAGAUCACUAUAUUUUAGAUCCUAAAGUUGAUUUUUUGGAUGCGUGAAGGAUGCUCCUAAGACGUAUUAUGAAGUACAAACACCAACACAGACACAUCGACACCGUUAAUUAUUUGAAAAAUACAAGUGUCAGUUUUGGACACUGACACGUCUUUUAUCAAAGGAGGUGGUAUUAACUAAUUUGAGU